AUGGCCGCUGAAACCCCCGUCCCUGCCCAGGAGGCGCCCGACCAGGUGAUGGCGGAUGUCAACGCUCACUCGUCUACCCGUAUCGGGAAGUACCAGGUGAUCAAAACCCUCGGUGAAGGGUCGUUCGGUAAAGUGAAGCUCGCUCAACAUUGCGUUACUGGCCAGCGAGUGGCACUCAAAAUCAUCAACCGAAAGACGUUAGCUAAGAGUGACAUGCAAGGCCGAAUCGAAAGAGAAAUCUCCUACCUUCGGUUGCUUAGGCACCCCCACAUCAUCAAGCUUUACGACGUGAUCAAGCUGAAAGACGAAAUCAUCAUGGUCAUUGAGUACGCCGGUAAGGAAUUAUUUGACUACAUCGUCCAGCGGGGGAGAAUGCCCGAGGAUGAAGCCCGCCGCUUUUUCCAGCAAAUUAUCGCCGCCGUUGAGUACUGUCACCGUCAUAAGAUUGUCCAUCGUGACUUGAAACCAGAAAAUUUGUUAUUGGACGAUAAGCUUAAUGUCAAGAUUGCCGAUUUUGGUUUGCUGAAUAUCAUGACCGAUGGGAAUUUCCUCAAAACGCUGUGUGGUCUGCCGAACUACGCUGCCCCUGAAGUCAUUUCUGGUAAAUUAUACGCUGGUCCCGAAGUCGACGUGUGGUCGCUGGGUGUCAUUUUGUACGUGAUGCUUUGUGGUCGGUUACCUUUCGAUGACGAGUUUAUUCCGGCGCUUUUCAAGAAGAUUUCCAAUGGUGUCUACACUCUCCCGAACUACUUGAGUCCCGGAGCUAAGCAUUUGUUGACGCGGAUGUUGGUGGUUAACCCUCUUAAUCGUAUCACCAUCCACGAAAUCAUGGAAGACCCGUGGUUUAAAGAGGGUAUUGCCGACUACUUGUUGCCGCCUGACUUGUCGAAGGCCAAGGUGGAAAAGAUUGACAUUGAUGAUGACGUGGUCAACGCGCUCACGGUGUCGUUGGGUUACCCCCGCGACGAAAUCAUUUCUGUCAUCAAUAAGUACAACGAGCAAGAGACUCAAGCCACUACUAAUGAAAUCUUGGAUGCUUACCUUUUGAUGAAGGAAAACCCUCUGCUUGUGCGUGACUUGAAGAAGAGCAAACAAGACUUCCCCGCCACCCCUGGCUACAUGCCUACGCAACUGACGCUGAAGGCUCCCGGCGUUGCCCAGCUGGUGACCUACCAAACCCUUGCCUUAGUGCCGGAUUUGAGUACUUUGCCCAACUCCACCAUUGCUAUCUUGCCACUGUCAUUGCCCUCGAUCCACCGUGAGUACAUGCGGCAAGCCAAUCUGCCAGCGGCCCAAGUGCCUCCGGCUCCCGUCAAAAAGCUGAAAACCAGAUGGCACUUUGGUAUCCGGUCGCGGUCAUACCCGUUGGAUGUGAUGGGUGAGAUCUACCGGGCACUUAAGAACUUGGGUGCUGAAUGGGCCAAACCUACGGAAGAAGAAUUAUGGACAAUUCGGGUCCGGUGGAAGUACGAAAAUGACCAAGCUGACGAGAAGACCCCCAACCUCAUGAAAAUGCAAAUCCAAUUGUUCCAACUUGAACCCAACAACUACUUGGUUGAUUUCAAGUUUGACGGGUGGGAGUUUGAGAACGCCGAAGAGGACGAGAUCCCGUCGCCGUUCAUCAAACUGGACUUAGACGACAUGAGUUCGUUCUCGGCGUACCCGUUUUUGCAUUUGGCCACCAAAUUGAUCAUGGAGUUGGCCGUCAACAGUCAGAGUGGUUAA